AUGUGUUGGUUUGAAUCUCCAUAACCUCCAUCCGUAUGUAUCCUUGUGUUUGUUUGAAUCUCACGAUCUGAUGGAGAAUUUCAAUCUUGACACUGAUCAGCGCAUCUGUGCAUGCAGUCUAAACACUGCCUAGUAAAUAACAAAUCUAUCCAGAAAUUUCUUUUCAUUGGUUUUAGGGUACGAUAAUCGAGAUAAAUACAACCAUUCUUCUUGUGGGAAGAAAAGUUGGAAUCCUAAUUGCACUUCAAAUCAACUCCGUACUCAUUCGCUCACUCCAAAGUUCGAGUUCUUGGUUGAAUGUGGUUCGGGCUGGACCUCACUAAUCGUAGCUACGAGUGCACAAUGAAACAAUGGCCAUGAUAAUAAAUGAUGGACUUCGCAAAGAGGGUAAAAUGAAAUGUACGAUCCAAAGGAUCUUGUGUCUCGCUUGAGUUGGACCGGUAUUUCCGAGGUGUGCAUUGGCUUUACGUCUAACCGCCUCCGUCACCAACCCGGGCCCGCGGGAAUUCAUGCCCGCAACCCGAACCCUCGCUCGCUCCCUCACAAUCGCCGGCGCGCUCAUUUCAGGUUCGUCAUUCGAGCAUCUCAGAAUCAGCAGAAAGAUGUGAGUUCGGACCCCGUGAUUGCUCGACUGACUAUCGGGGGGCUGGGUUUCAUGAUUUUCACAGUAGGACGACGGGUCGCUCAUGACCUCGAUUAUAGUUUGCUCCACGUCGCAGCAUCAGCAGCAGCAGCAGGUUUGAAUGAUAGAAUUGUAAUUCGGUAUGAAGGCAGCGCUUUUUGGAUUUAUGGAUAGUUUAGGAUACUCUUAUGUGCUCAGUUGUGAGUGAUAGUCUAUAGACGGCACACCAUGGGCCGUAAAUCCGCCGUGGAGACGAAGUGCUUCGAUAUUGCAAACUUUAUGCAAAAUGACUCCGGUGUCACCAAGGCUCUGAGCAAAAGGGGCUUGCAAGUGAAAUCCGUCUCUGCAUCAAGUAAAAUCACGUCUAAUCUUCGUUCCGACAAAGUCGUGAGGAGGAGUGACUAUAAACAUGAUCUUCCUAUUCUCAACAUGGCCAAGGUCCGACGGCACAUUACCGAGCAGCAGACGGAGUUAGCUGGUAACAAUGAAAACGGGCUUGGGAAAGAAGUAGACUUGAAGUCCGUGGGCAUCAGCCAUCCAUUGUCCACAAGAUUCGCAACAGUAGAUGGAAGAGAGAGGAGAAUUUUGGCCUCGACUUCGACCUCGGACAAGAUAUCAGCGGCUGGAUCCCUUAGUGGUGUUGGUUAUGGGUGGAACGGAAGUACGGAGAGUGCUGAAGUCACCAGGACCAGAGGAGAAAUGAAGAACGAAAACGUGUCAGUCCCGAGUAACAGAAAUGCUUACAGCAGAGAAAGGCACGUGAAAAGAUCUCCGAGUGGUAUCCAGUCUAGUCUGUCAGCUCAUUUGCCAGUUCCUUCUGGGGAAACUCCAAGUAUUCGGAGGCACAGAAGCGAAAACGCAAGUAGGGAUGGGUCUGUCACCUACAGGACUAACUACAGCCAACAUGCAGGCAGGACGAAUGAUGCUGCAAAUUGUGUGGAUCUGCAGGGUGGGACGCUGUCUGUGUUGGACAGAGUAGCUUCAGAAGUUAUCAAACAAGACUUUGGAGCAAGGGACAUAAAGAAAUCUUACCAUCUGAACUCUGGAACCACAUCCAGGGACUCCAUUAUAACCGUGCCCGUUGCGACGAAAUCAAACCUCGGUUCCUCCAGGAAGGUUGCCACUAGUCAUGGGUGUAGGGCAUCAAAACUUCUCAGUAGCGUGGAUCGAUCGCAGCUGGAGGAUCUACAGGCUCGCUACAGGCUUAGGACAGUGAAGCAAAUUCAUACCGAUCAACCAACCACAGAAAUAUGCCCCAGAGCCGAAGAGGAAACAAACAUUGAAAUGACAAAUGCGGCUGAGUUGAACGCCCCUGUAAAACAUGAAUUAUGCGAUGCACACGUACCAAGUGCUAAAGCCAGGGCACCAAAACUAAAUCUCAGUGGCUGUCAUAAUUCAGUUCCUAUAGGUUUUGGUGGAAAUCCUGUGGAGAAUAUACAGACUUGUCGGACAUCUAGAACGGCCGCUAAUGUAGGCAGUCCGCGCCUGGCAUUAACAGACAGGGGAGCUUCAAGGAAGAAUUCAUUUUCGUCGCCUCAUCGUAAGCAUGAAAAAACAGAUGCGCCUAUGAUCAAUACUUCUUGUACACCCGCGUCUCCAGAUAUUGUCUUAAGGCAGUGCGGAUGUCAUCUGACGGAAUAUGAACAAAGCGAAAUCCUUCCAUAUUCUGAGAUUUACUAUUUGGGCCUUAAUGCCAACAAAAUUCAGGCUACAAGUGUUCCAGGCGCUUGCAAUCAUGGUUUCGACGAUGAGAGGGGCGAUUAUAAUGUGGUCGAGCAAGAUCACCUUGCUUACCGCUACGAGGUGCUUGGCAUUCUGGGAAAAGGAAGUUUCGGUGAGGUCUUGAAGUGCAUGGACCACAAGCAUAAAGCUUUGAGGGCCGUGAAAAUGAUUCGUAACAAGCGCAGGUUCCACCAGCAAGCUUUGGUGGAGGUUAAAAUUCUCGAGAAUUUGCGGCAAAAGGCACAGGACGAGCCCUCGAACUUCAACAUUGUUACUAUCUAUGAAAGUUUUUACUUUCGUGGACACUUAUGCAUAGCCUUUGCACUUCAUGACAUAAGCUUGUAUGAGCUAAUCAAACGCAAUAACUUUCAAGGAAUAAGCUUAAUCGUCAUCAAAAGUUUUGCAAGCCAGCUCUUGGCUACUCUGCGAUUCCUACGCAAGUUGCACGUGAUACAUUGUGACCUGAAGCCAGAAAACAUCUUGCUGCAACAUCCAGCGAUGUCCAAAAUUAAAGUGAUUGAUUUCGGAUCCAGCUGCUUUUGCAACGAAAGAAUUUACACAUACAUACAGAGCAGGUUUUAUCGGUCGCCUGAGGUUAUUCUUGGUCUUUCUUACGACAUGAUGAUUGACAUAUGGAGUUUAGGAUGCAUUCUUGCAGAGCUAUUCACAGGGUAUCCCUUGUUUCCGGGAGAGAAUGAGGUGGAGCAGUUGGCGUGCAUGAUGGAAAUUUUGGGAUUGCCUCCUGCCGCAGUCGUCGAACAGGCAACAAGAAAGAAAAUGUUUUUUGAUAGCAAAAACAAUCCAAGGAUUGUACCAAACUCGAGGGGCAAAAAACACUAUCCUGGAACAAAGGAUUUAGCUACGGCUAUUGGUUGCAACGAUCCCCAUUUUGUGAGUUUUUUGGAAGGCUGCCUACGGUGGGAUAAGAACCAGCGAUUGACUCCUGAACAGCUGAUGCAGCAUCCAUGGAUGGUUGGGCCCGCAUCAACUCUUACUCCCCGGAGAUCUCCUUUGCGGCCUUCAAAUCAGGACACCACGAAGAGAAGAUCCUUGAAAAGUUCAGACACUCCACACAGAUCAUUUAAACAAUCAAAGCAGAAUAACCCUGCAGUGGGGAAGCCACAGAUUAGUAAAUUGGGCUCGUAUCCAGCAAUGAAGAUCUUUCAAGGGCAAGAUUUCACAUCUCUAUUGCCACCUAUAGGAGAGGAAACAUCUAAAGAUUACCAAGAGAAGAAAAAGUUAGUAUGAGAUGAAAGAUUACCAGUCGCUAUAACUCGGGGAACGAAGGACUCUUAACGUCAUGAAGUCAAGUUCUUCAGGCGAAACGAAGGGCCAAGAAACUUUGGCAAUUCGUUCUCGUGCGAGGAGGAAAACUGGAAUGGAUCUUUCGCUGGUGGCGACUGCACACAGGAACGAUUUUGCAAGAAGACUAUUCCUACUCCCCCCUGCCGAUGUCAUUUAUUCCUUACCAUGAAGGCCUCCUUUCACUACAUAUGCGAGUGGAGCAAGGUCCUUCACUGACACUGCGGGUCCUCAGCACAUAUACAGCUCAAAGCAAAGCAGAUGGAGUAAGAAAAUAAUUCCUCUCCAGCAGGUGACAUAUCUGUUUCUCCCAGCCUGCGAUGAAGUAGCACCAUCCUCUACGAUAUUGUGUCAUCCGACAAAAGUUGGCUCUGGCCUCGGCUUCUACAUGCAGCCGUCUUGUGUUCUACGUUUGAAAUGGUGCACGAGUUUGUGGUCUCAAAGUGGAGAAGGAAACAAACGACCGACCUCGCUAUUGAUGUCAAGGACCCCGCUCAGAUACUGGGCGUUUGUGUAAGAGUUUUGUUUCACACGAAUCAAUUUUGUGGACGCAUGAUUCUUACCAGAGGGGACUUGAAAGCUCCGAAUGUUGAUAUGUCCAGCUCACAAGUUUAUGACUCAAGAUCAAAACAAUCUGAUGUAGGCGCUGUGAUUUUAGCUAAACAUAUGGCUCUUAAUGUUGCGUCGAUCACGGUUGCUUCUUGAUAUCUUAUCAUGCACCUGCUCGCCAGAAGGCCUUCUUCUAAGCCUUUGCUGGCAUCUGGGAUCUCCUUUUAAUGUUGAGAGUUUGCCUACGUCGAGAGCGAAUAUCCAGUUUUCCAGUUCGUGCGUGUCAUGAGUUUUUAUUUAUUUUAACGUGGAUGGAAUGCACCAACUUUAUGGGAAGCUCCUACUAUUUCCCUACCUCCGCGAGAUUUACCAGGUUCAUAUGAAGCUGGUGACUCACAUCACAACCCAGAAGAGUCUGUACUAUGUACUUUGAGGAGAAUUGGCUCCGUCUUGCCAUACCUUUUUUCUGGCUGACUGCAGUUUCGAACUGAUGGUUUGUCUUGUAAAAUAAAGUGGAAUCUGAUUGAU